AUGUGUAGUAUUAAACGUUGUUGUAGAAAUUGUUUUCCAAACGGAUGCUGUGGAUUCUGCAAACCACCUCCUACAAUACAAAAACAAAUUGAUACGGAAAUCCAUCUAAAGAAAGCUGUCAAAGCAACAGAAAUACCUUAUGGCUUUAUUAAAUUUUAUCCAGGCGCUGCCACAGCAAAUAACACCUACACUUGUCCAAUGCUUGCUGUUCAUCUUUAUCGUCAUAGAGAAUUUAACGCUGAUAUGGCUCAAGAUAAUCGUACAAUUACUUUCGAUGGACGUAAUUGA